AUGCCAGUGCUAACUAGUCCGGAUAUCGCCCUAAAGUUUAAAGAGAAAUGGCUAUCUUUACAUCCGGAGGACAGGGACAGUUUCAGCGGCUUGGGAAACCUUGAUGACAGUCUCACCAACCUGCAGUGGCUACAGAACUUUUCCAUCCUCACGGCUCACCCGGAAAGGCAUUCCAGCUCCGGACACGUACAGCACUUUUCCCCAAACAGGCACCCGACGGACACGGAGUGUCCUUCCAGCCCACCCGCGGGGGAUACAGCUGCGUCGGGUGUGCCGCGGAAUUUAGGCAACCACAUAACCUCCAGCGCCUCGGCCAAUGCGAGCUACCACCAGAAAGCCACAAACCACGUUUACCGCCCUCACAUCAUUCGACCUUCCGAAGACAUUGACUACACGACAAACCACCGGGUGAAACCACCUUACUCUUACGCCACACUUAUAUGCAUGGCCAUGCGGGCGAGCAAGAAAACCAAGAUCACCCUGUCCGCCAUCUACAACUGGAUAACGGAGAACUUCUGUUACUAUCGACACGCAGAGCCCAGCUGGCAGAACUCCAUUCGGCACAACCUGUCACUCAACAAGUGCUUCAUGAAAGUGGCCAGGACGAAGGAGGAGCCCGGUAAAGGAGGCUUCUGGCGGAUCGACCCUCAGUACGCUGACAUGUUUGUGGACGGAGUGUUUAAGCGCAGGAGGACCCCUGCCAUGCCUCAGCCUGCCGCCCCCCACAAACGGCAGGGCAAGACGGCAACCCCGCAGGGCCGCAGGAGCAGGCACGCCUCCCAAAAACGGGCUACCGGGUCCCCCUUACUGUCACCCCAGCCCAAAGGGAGCGAGGCGACGGAGGGCUUUCUGGACUGGACCUCGAGCUUCCAGGACAUCGUUACCAGCAGCAACGGCAGCGGUAAUUUUGAAGACCUGGAUAUCAACAUGGCCCUGAGUGCCUUGGGUUGCGGGCAUGACGUCUCUCAGCAAGGGCACCCCCUGGGGGCUGGAGGGAGGUGGUGCAGUGGGGAAGGGACCAUGGGGGCAGAGCUAGCCUGUGGGUACACAGAGGUGAGCGACCCUGUGGAAGAACACCACUACCUACAGCAAGGUGUGGCCCAAGCACACCUACCUCCCCACCCGCCGCAGUACAAGGAGCUGGUCUCAUUCUCCCAGAAGCAGCCGCACCCCUGGGAGGAGUCCAGGGAGGAGUUGCAGCCCAUUGCCUUAGCUACUGACCAAUCAUUCAGCUGCUAUGAGGGCUUCUUCACAGAGACGGUGCCCUGGGAGGGGGCCUGGAGUCUUGCCUGCGACCUUUGACCUCUCCCCAUGCCCUGCCCCCUUUUAAGGGUCAGAAGACCUUGCCGUUCCCAUCGUGCUAUGUUAGCAUCGCAAACGCUGACAAAAAACAGCUUUUAUCCCUUUUUUAUCUUCUAUUUUGUAGGGUCUAACAUGUUUUCAAACAUUUGUGUUACUGCUAGUGACUAAUUAAAACGUAGGAAUGGUAAUUGUUUUGUAGGAAACUAAUCAAUUAUAGAGCAAUUAGACAGAAACAGGAGGCCAUAGGUAAACAAAGAUGGUCCUUCUGAAGCACCGGGAGGGAACAGCACCUGUAGGCUCCAUAUUAAACUGUGGGUGUGAGAGGGGACGGAGGAGGGUGUAAGUAAAUGAGAAAAUCCCUGGUGGAUGGUAGAGUGGAACUCAAGCCUCCUGCUUUAGCGCUUGUUAAAUAAUGCAUGGAGAUCGGCUCUUUAGGUAAGGGAUCCUUUUCCCCAAAGGAGGGUUUGGCAGGCUCUGGAGACGUAAACAGUAAAACAAUGAAAACGUUUUCAGCAGGAGAGUUUGCUCUGAGAACCUCCUUAUUACCUGCCAGUUCUGGCACAGGUAUCUGCUUCAUGUGACUUCACUCAGGGCCAUGGCUUCGUUAUCAGUGCUGUAAUUCAUUGCUGAUGUGUAUGAUAGUGAUGCAUUAUAAUAGCAAAUUAAGCACAGUUCACCGAGAGGGUAAAGCAGGAGUAGUAUUUGUGCUGGCAAAUCACAAAGUAACAUUUAGACAUGAUCUAGAACGACAAACCCACACUCAUUAGUACUGUACAGGACAAGCCUUGCAAUAUGUUUCAGAUUAGAAAUUGAGCUGGGAUCUCACAUUAAUGCUCAUGAGGACUACAUAUCAUACAACCCCACAGCUUUUGUGUUUGAUUUCGUCAUUGAUUUAGUCAUUAUACUCAUGAUGCAAGGUUGGACCAAGGAGCAUGCUGGGUCUAAUUUGAUGAGCUUAGAUACAAAGGCAUAUUUUUCUGUAUUUUGCUAUACUUGGUAAUUUGUGGAAAGGCCAAGAUGAACACCAUAUUGUUAGGAGUCAGGAUUGAAUCCAGAUGACCAUAAAGAAAACAGAACAUUUAGUGUCACAAAUAUGUGGCUGAAAGAUCUUUGGAAAUAUUCUGCUGCUAAUUUAUUUUAACAGAAA